AUGUACAGAAGAUUCAAGAUAAAGGAAUUAAGCAAGCCGCCAAACGAAGGUUUCGUGAAGUGGUUAGGUAACUCCCUGAAAAAGCAGCUUCAGCUGAAUAAGCAGAGAGAGUUGGAGAAGCAAACGGAAACAGGAGAAACUCAACCCAGGGCAAGAACCGCGGGGACCGGAGCCCCGGGUUCAGGCCCAUGCCGCGCGCGAGGCGCCGGGCUUGGGGGCUCCGGGGGUAGCGCGGCGCAGGCCCUGCACGGUGGCCAGCGCGGCCCCCUCCCCGCAGCCACUUCCCCUCCGCUGUUGCAAUUCCGCUCCCCUCCCCCGCCCGCCGCAAAAUGUCCGCGGCGGCGCCCCGCGAAGCAGGAAGUCGGAGCUGGGGCGCGGUGGCCCGAACCCAGCCUCCUCCGAGCGGCGACGACCGGCUCCCGCCCUUCCCCGCGCCCGCGAGCGGCUCCGCGGCGCCGACCCCGGCGACCCGGCCCUGGCCGGCCGAGGGGGAGAGGAGCCGGCGGCGGGAUGGGUGUGACCCCUUCCUUCCGCCGCUCCCCGGUGACAGCCCGGCCCGGCCGCGCCCUCAGGCCGGCACCCCGAGAACGGACGCGCGCGUCUCGAGGGCGUGCAGCCCCACGGUUCCCGCCGCGACCCCUCCCCGGGCUUCUCUCAGAACCCGAACCCGCGCUCGCCCGGGGCGCACACGAGCCCUGCGCUACCCCGCGUUCCGCGCUUCCUGCCGCCCCAGGCCCGGAAACGAGGUGCCCUCGAGGACAGAGAGAAGCCUGAGACGGCGCAACAAGGACAGCACAUUGAGGGGGCAGUCGCUCCCAAGGGGAGCCUCAGGCC